AAUCAGCGGGAUGCGGUGUACUCGUCGGUACACUCGGGCUUGAUAAGCCCCCGAGAACUGGACGGAAAUGGGGGAAUAUGAGGCUUUGUUUGUUGUGAAAAAUUGUGUACCCAUUUGGGUGGUCCCUGCCAAUAACUGGGAGUUGUGUGCUUGAUUUUAGUGGAAUCAUUGUUGGAAACCAAAAAAUGUCGUAUAAAUAUUUAAGCCUCGAUAAGGGGGAACUUUAAUUUAUUCCUUCACUGUUCUGUUUUUGAAGUGAUUUUGAACACACAUCUAUUGCUGCAGUUCGAGGGCGGGUGCAUGUGUGCGUAAGUGUCGUCUGUGUGUGUUUGUGCGUGAUUUUGUUGCUAUUACUAAUGCAGCAACGUUGUUGCAUUCGUUGUAAUGUCCAUGGAAACCCCUAAGAGUAAACUACAUAAAUGUUGCAUUUCGUGGUGAUGCAGCAGUCCGUGAGAGAGGAGAAGAAGGAUGAGGGAGAAGUGGGCGCAGCAAUUACGAGUGCGUGGUUGGUGUGUUCGGUUCGGCAUGAAGCGAGACGACUUUGCCAAAGGAGGAAUAAGGAAGCAGAGCGAACUUUUAAUCAAUAGAUAUAUAAACACACGCACACACAUGCACCCAUCUACUCACGAAGUCACACACAGGGCGAGGGAGCAAGCGAAAGAGAGAGAAAGAGCGAAUUCAGAGAGCGAAUAGGACAAACAAAGGCAACAAUAAUGGGAGCAACAACAACAACAGUUAUACUUUUAAAACAGCAAGGCAGUGCGCGCAUAGGGAGCAUACAGAGAGAGAGAGAGAGAGAGAGUGAGAGAGUUUCCAGGCCAGGCCAGAGAGCGAGCACGCCUGUUACCGUUACUGUUGUUCUUGUUGCUGGAUGGAGAAUAGGAUGGGGGAUGGCAUGGCUGCUGCGGCAGGCUGGCAGGAAGAGGAAGACAAGUGAACAAAAUUGCUAUUGCGCUGCCCAGGCCGCAGCAGCAUUAAUAAGAAGGAAGGAAUAAAGGCGGAGACGCCAAACAACAGCUUUUUUAGGGUGUGCAAAAUAAAAGUGUAAAACGCGGUAAAGCAAGUCCAACAUGCAAUAAAAUAAUGUUUAACUAAAGUGCAUGAAUGUGGGCGUACAUGAGGCAACGGCAACCUACUUAUUGAGUAAUUAAGGCCAUGCCCACACAUGGGCAUGCGUACGCCCACACAUACUGCAUGUUAGGAUGUGUGUGUAUGCAGGAACCGUUUGGUUCAUUGAGGUGCCCGCUGAUGUGUGUGUGGUGUGUGAAAGGGAGACAGCGAGUGAAAAGUGUAAAUUUGUAGAUCGGUGAAGGCAAGUUCUAUUUAUUAAAGUGCACAACAAUUUGGAUUUGGUGUCAAGAGGUUAGGAAACGCCGCAGCCCCGUGAGCACGUAGAGCGUGUCAGAAGUGACGUCCAAACCCACCAACAACAAAAGGAACGGGGGGGAAAGCAGACACAAGAGGGAGGACACACACUCAUCUCACACUCGCAUACACACACGCUCAAGAGGAGUGCGAGAAAUCAAAGGAGUGCGAGAGAAAAACCGUUAGGGGCUGCCCAAGGGAAGAGCGAGAGUCGUGAAGGAUGGGCGACUAUCACGAGUUUACGGAUCAAUACAAGGUCCCGGUGAUAGCCAAGCUGCUCCAUGCCCUGCCCCACUACAACAUCACAUUCCACAAGAUCAACAGCACGUUCCGGCCCAACGAUGAGAUCUACCUAGAGAGUCUGGGCAUCCUGGGAUCGGUACCAGCGGCGCUACUUAUCGUCUCGCUGCUGGGACUACUCUUCUAUCUGAUGACCAGAUGCUGCGACCGGAAACCCCGCCCGGCCCACUCGAUAACCAGCCUGAAGGUGGCCCUCUCGAUUGUGACUGUGAUGUGCUGUGCCGCCAUCGGCCUGGGCCUUUACGGAAACGACGAUCUGCACAAUGGAUUGCUCGAGGUGCUGACCGCCGGACGGAAGGUGGACAAUCUUGUGACGACCAUCAGGAAUCAGACGCACAUACUGGAGAACACGCUGACGAAUCGCAUCAGGCCGCAGCUGGUGGAGCUGGCGGAUAUUUUCGAUCAACCGGUGUCCAAUCAGACGGCUCUAUCCAAGCUCUUUGUUUCGCUGAACAUUGUCCAGGGCAAUGUGACCUUGGCUACGAAUGCAGCCAGCGAUAUACGACGACCCCUGAUGGGCAUCUCCAUGACACACUUUCUGACACGCGGCGACCAGUGGGAACUGAUACGCUGGCCGGGCACAGUGGCUACCCUAGCCCUACUCCUUGUCCUUUGUGCUGUUCUGCUAGUGGGUGUGGCCAGGCACUCGCGAUGCGCCCUGAUACUCUUUAGCGUUUGCGGUCUGCUGGCCGUAACUGGCUCCUGGCUGAUGUCCGGCCUGUAUCUCUCCUCCUCGGUGGCUGUGGGCGAUCUGUGCAUAAGCCCAGCGGAUUUCCUGGUAUCCACGGCCCCCCGGGACCUGCCCACGAACGUGCUGCUGCACUACACCCAAUGCGAGCCGGGCCACACGAACCCGUUCACCCAGCGGCUGCGAGAGUCGCAGAACUCGCUGAACAAUGCCCGCAGUGCCAUGGCCACCGUGAUGAAGAUAUCCCUGGUGCUGUUCAAGUCCUCGGGCCUGCAGCCGAAGCUGGGAGCGGUGAAUGCAGAUCUUAAUAGCAGCGAACGGCUUCUGACCCAGCUGACGGCUCUGGUCGAUUGCAAGGCAGUGCAUCAUAACUUUCUGGCAGCCGCCCGGGGACUCUGCGAGGGAGGAUUGCUGGGACUGGUGCUGAUGCUGAUUGCCAGCUUCAUUGCGGCCAUACUGCUGACGAUUAUGGUGUGGGUGGACUCGCACACGUGGAUCUACAUACGCAAGCGGAACGACUAUGCCCAGGUGGAUGAGCCGUCAUAUAUAUCGCAUCCGGCACCGCAGAACCAUCAGCAGAUGAUGAACGCUGCCCGGACUUUGCCGCGCAAUCAUAAUGGGCACUUCAGCCCGCCGGUUAUCAGCGGCUCGCACACACUUCAGCAUCCCAGCAAGCGGCAGCAGCACGAGAUGAUGGCCCACGCACACAUCCAGCAGAACAUGCGGGCCAUGGGUACCCACACGCUGGGACGACUUCCGUCGCAUAAUCACAGCCCCACGCACAUGACUGGUCCCAAUAAUGCAGCAGCAGCCGCAGCCGCUUCCGCACUCGCCGCCAAUAUGCCGCCCACAACACAGGCCCAGGUCCAGGCCGCACAGGCGCAUGCCCAGCAGCAGGCCCAGCAACAGCACCAGCAGCAGCAACAGCAACAGCAACAAAUGGGAGGACCCCAACCCAUUUACUGCCAUCAUCCACACCAGCACCCACACCCGCAUCCGCACCAGCAUCAGCAUCCGCACUCGCAUUCGGCUGCCGCCGUGGCCGCUGCGGUCCAGCAUCAGCACGCCAUUUACCACCAGCAGCAGGCCCAAGCCCAGGCACAGGCCCAGCAAUAUGGCACAUAUACGACGGCGGCGGCGGCGGCGGCAGCGGCGGCCCAUCAUGCCCCGCAUCACCUGCCGCCGGGUCAGAGCCAGAUCUAUCAGCAGAUACCGGCCCAUCUGGCCCCUCAGCUGGCCGCCAAUGGGAAUCCGCAUUCGAUCUACCAGCCGCUGGUGGCCGUCAGCCAGGGCUCAAUUUAUGUUUCCAAUCUGGCCACGAUGCGACGGCAGAAUAGCCAGGCUGGACCACAGAUACCGGCCCAUCAUCAUCCGGGGGCAGUACCGCCACCCAAUCCCCACCAGCAGCAGCAACAUGCCCAGCCCCCGCCGCCGUCGCAGCAGCAGCAACAGCUGCACCAGCUCAAGUCGCCACAACAGCACCAGCCACAUCCCCAACAGCAGCAGCAUCAGCAUCCGCACCCGCACCCGCAGCAGCCCGAGUCGGAUGUAGUACCCAUUAGCACUGCAAUGGACACGGCCAUCUACGAUCGGGAUAAGCAGAUCUACAAGUGCUCCACCCUGCGGCAGGGCGGAAAGUUUGAUCCCAAGUACAAGCCCUCGAUACUGAAUUGUCCCUUGCCGGAGAUACCCAAAGAUGCGGAGCAGCCCAAGGUGGAGUCCAUCUACCAGCAGAAGCAGCAGGCGCAUCAUCAAAACUAUUCCAAGACCCUGCAGCGACCGCCGAUGAAGCUGCCGCCGCAGAUGAAAGCCAUUCCACCGCCCCGCAUUGGAACGCCCACAUCGCCACCACCGCCAUCUGCACAGCCCACGCAAAUGCUGAGCGAGAGCGGAGGAGCCGCCGUCGUGGGCCUCCAAAACGGUGGCCCCAACAACAACAGCGAGGACACAUCACUGCCACCGCCGCCGCUUGAGGCACAGACGGCACAUCAUGUGGAAGCGACUCCCCCCAAGGCCCGGAUGGGACAGGCGGCCAAUGGAAAGGCGGGCAACGGUCUGGCCCUACACAACGGCGGAGGAAGCGUCGCCACAGCGGCUGGAGUGGGCUCCACAGUGGAUGAUGAUGAUGAUCUACCGCCGCCGCCGCCAGCGAUAACCGACGAGAGCAACUAUGCGGUGACCGAGCUGUAAAAAGGAAUAGCAAUGGGAAUGGGAAUGGGAAUGUAAUUGAAAACGGGCUGGGAUGGGCUUGGGCUUGGGCAUGGGUUUUGGCGUCUUCCAGCGGACAUUACUUCUAGACUUUUUUGUAUUAUAGACACAUGGCGCGAGAAUGAGAUGGAUUAGAACAGAAAGGAGGUGGGGUGGGGUGGAAUUAGUGGCGACUGUUCCUGUUUCUUGAUUUGUUGCAUUUAUCGUAAUCGUAUCCUACAACCGGAAUCCUUCUUUGUGCAUCCUAUGCAAGUGAAAGCUAUUACGAUGGAUAGCCCACAAUUCGACUUUUGUAUAUACUAUACACUAGACAUUACGUAUAUAUCUAAAUCUACAUGGGAUAUAUAAAUAUAUACACUAUAAACGCACACAGACAGACCGACAAAACUCGUGCAUAUUUAGAUAUUUGACUUAUACUAUAUAUAUACCAUACUAUAUAUAGAACAUAUAUGUAACAUAUAUCAACGAUUUAUGAAUUCAUAUAAGUCUAUAAAGACACGGUUAUUCCUUUUUGAUAAUAGCAUAUUUUUACCAAUCGCUACAGAAACACUUUUUAAAAUUGUUAAAAGACAACAAUUUUAAAAAAAUUUAUUUAAAAGCCAAGAGACAGACAGCAAUUAUGGGGACAAGAAUAUUGUAAUAUACAACAUUAAUCUAUAAACAAAAACAAAAGGAUAAAUCUUCACCCAGAAAAUUAAGAUCGGGAUCGUAGUCUAUAAGUUCUAGGAAUCGAAAUGUAGUUGAAAGUUAGCAAACGUGUUUUUUUUAUGUACUUAUGGCACUUGUCGAGAGUCAAUUUUUAUCUAGAAACACGGGCCUCUGAAUCCAAAUGUGUGUGUGUGGAAGAUGUGGGGGCAAAUCCUUCAAUAUUCCUAUAUUUCCUUAAAGGAAAUCAAUAUUCCUUAGAUCUGUUGAUAUUUUUAAUAAUUAGUUAAUUCGUAUAUGUAUGUUCAGUUGUCGAAAAUGAUAAUCAAGCAAUCAUUCAACUAAUACUAUACUCUGUACAUUGCAUGGUAAAAAGAUCGAUUUCUCCUAUCAGUAAGCUCUUUCGAACAGAAUUUUGCAUUUAAACUGAUUCACUGAACUAUUUUAUAGUGCGUGAUGUGUGAUAACUAUUCUUAACUCUAGUCAUUCCAACAUUGGAAAUCUGAAUAUCCUGGGAAAAUCUGUUAACAUGACUCUUCGGGCUUCAAAUAGUGAAUAACUAAAGCCAGAUGUAAUUUAUUUUGAAUGAUUGAAUUAUUGAUUACUUUUAAAAGGUCACUCCAACAGAUAUUCCUUGCCCCCAUAUUUCCACGCAUCUCCAAGCAUUCGGUUCGGAUGGCCGGUGGUAGUAGGUAGUGCUCGACUCUGUCCUGUGUCUGGGUUGUGCGUCAGGUUGAUCCAACGAUUGCGGAUCGCCUGGGACUGGCUGGGGGUUGAAUCGAUUUAGGAACGGGCAGACAGACGAGACGAACGGAACGAGUAGACUUCGUUUGGAUUUGACCCCUGCGAUUUUAUUGUGUAUCUAACCUAAGCUUAACAUGGAAUGCAUUUAUUAAACAUAAACUAGCACAUAUGAAUAUACAACUAUACAACUAUACACACAGGAACACGAACAACCAACAAAUAAAUAUAUACAUUACAGUAUAGAUAUAUAAUUGGAAUAUAUAGUAGUACUAACUGUACAUUUAGUAGCUAAACGAAAGGCAGGAAGGGGAACGAGCCCAAGCAUACAUACAUAUAUGAAGUACGAGUAUAGCUUAAACCAAACGAAGACAAACGAUAACCAGAGAAAAACGAGAUUUAGAUUCUAGACGUGUCAUUGGAACCGAAUAGCAAUAUAUGAACUAACAGAACAGAUCAUAACAGAAAGUACUGCCCUCCCAACAACUAGUCUUUCCCCCAGAAACUGACAAAGAAGACACCAAUCUGCAAAGUUAAAUAGAUAUAUAUAUGAUAUAUAUUAAAUAUAGCUAGUUAUAUAUACAGACACACAAAUGCCUAUCAACUACGAGUAUACUGCAGCAAAAGCAACAGAAAAAGCAACAGCAAACCCGCAAAGAAUAAUCGAUCGAGUUGUGGGGAUAGAGUUCCUUUUAGAGGAAUUCCCCGAGUCAGAGUAGAGACCAGACCAGAGGCCAACGAAGCGACGAACGAGGCCAACCAACUAAGGCAACCCCGAACACUGCCCGAAACACACAGCGAAAGUUCACAACAUUUACAGAUAUAUUGAAUAGCUAUAUGCAUAGAUACUAAUAUACAUAUAUUCGUAAAAACAAACCUUCACUGAUAACCGAUCAGUGAUCAUAUUAUAUACACUAAAUCGCAAUGAAAUGAUCAAUUGUAAAAUAUUAACGAUGGAGUAGUACUCAAGACGAAAUUUACCCAAUAAUCUUAAUAAAAAAGAAACAAACACACACUGGAAAAAGAACGUUUUUAAAAGUAAAUAUGUAUAGAUCGUGUAAAGACAAAAAAAUGAACAAACUAAUCAAGUUUUUUUAUUCGCUUAUUAUACAAAUACAAACUACAUAUGUUAUACACAACCAAGCAAAAACAAAAAAAAAAACAAUCAGAAAAUUAUUUAAAAACGCAACCCCUUUUAGAGAGAUUGUAUGUAAAGCUCUUCUCCACCGGGGGGAGGUUUAAAAAAUCUUUAAAUUAAACACUAAAAAAAAACCGAACAGAAUCGAUUCGAACCUUAAUGGGGGAUCCCCCAUUCAGCCCCAAAAAAGAAAAAUAAAGGUACCAAGAAACGUGAACCCCCCGAGAAGAGAGAUCCAUUUGGUCUUGACCGUUUCGGACCUAGGUCGAAAUUACAUUCAAACAUAAAAUUAAUAUUAUACAUAUAUAUAUAAAUACAUAUAUAUAUAUAUAUAUAUAUAAUAAUAUUACAUAAUUAGUUCGUAAAUAUAUUUCUGUGUUAAAUGUUGUCAUCGUACGCGUUGUAGUUAUUACAAAACAAAAGAAGAAAAACAUAAAACAAACAAAAUACAGACAAAGCAAGGUUAUAAAAAAAGAUGAAGAAAAAGUCCGAAAACUGAAGAAUUCAAAAAUCGAAACAAAAUUAGCGAAAAUAGCGAAGGCUCAACGGCAGCAGCAAUAAGCAGCAAAAACAUAAGACAAGAUCCAGUUGUACAACAUAUGCAUACAUACAUAUAUACUUAUAUAACUAUUUAUAUAGUAUAUAUGCAGACAUAUAAUUAGUUAAAGAGAAUGUAAAGAACAGAGGCAAAAAAUGGAACCGCUUAGUUGCAUAUUAAACAAAAAAUUAAAUCUAACAAAUCAUAAGAAAAGUUUGAACACUCUUGUAAGGAAUAAAAAACGAAACAAAAUUUAUUUAAUAAGUGUGUGCCUCCAGAAAUCCGUUUCCCCCAGAAAAAUAUUCGGGAUGGCACCGAAAUGGGUGGGGCGGGGAGUCAAAAAUGUCUGGAUUGAAAAUAUUUUAUGCGCAGAAAUAGAAAACAAAAACACAAGAAACGAAUAGGGAAACGGAAAAAACAAGACAAAACCCCCCUGGAUGGAAACAUUUAUUUCAGAAGCAAGCAGCAACAAAUUAAAGCGC